GUUGUGCAGAUAUUGUCCAAAUAAAAUAAUUGUAUUAAUUAUCCUGUCAAUUUAGAGAUGAAAAACGGCCAGCUCCUUGUCUUAAUCCUUCAACCAAUAUAAACUGGAGGGAAUACAAAAGAACAAUUUCAGUAGGAUUAUUAAAAUCUGGGUCAGGCCUGAUUUAAUACAUGCCAGAGUAACAGAUGGGAAUUCAUGUACCUUGCCCUUAAAUUCCAUUUUUUUUCCUGAGGAUUUAAGUGAAGUAAAGUUUUGGGGUUUUUUUAUAUAUGGUCACAGUGUGUGUUUCAUAAUACUAUAUCACACUGAAAUUCCUGAUGUCCCUGUUACAAAUGUGAACUUCCCGUAAAAGGAUUUUAUGUGGUAGAUUAGCUAAUUUCCUUAGUGGUACUCUAGUAUUUCUGUAGUACUGUCACAGUCUCGUAAAGGAUGUUUAUUGAAUCUGUUUCAUUUUGCAUGCUCACUCUAUCUAGCCAUCUAUGAGUUUGCACAACAAACUCAUCAGAGCAUUUACCCCCUUUACACGUAACUCACAUUAUCAGGAAAAUUAAGAUGUGUUUCAGCGUUGUGCGGCUGUGUGUAGUUCAUUGUAAUAACGAACUAUGGAGAGGAAGUAAAAGGAGAGUCCAGAGUACAUCACCUGAGGGCACACCACCACAUUUACACAACAGGAAUAGAGCCGAGGGAGAAAGAGUGAAGGAUCAAUAAGGCUGGCGACCACAGUAAAUGUGUAUAUAAGGAAAGGAGAGAGAGAGAGUGAGUGUGUGUGUGUGUGUGUGUGUGUGUGUGUGUGUGUGUGUGUGUGUGUGUGCGCAGGAGUGUUAGGGAGGUGUGUCUUAUGCACUUGGCUCCCAGGGUCGGUGAGCACCAGCCCAGCGCACACAGACCCCCACAGAACCACUCCACUGCUUCACGGGGUUAAUUGGAGCUUGUUAAAGUGGACUAAACAAUCAGGUCCAUUGCUGCCAUCUCUAUAUUCUCCUGAUCUGCCAGUCCAUCUUUUCUUCUCCAUCGUCUUAGUCCCCUCAUGGGCGCCAUAUCAGCCAGUGCUAGAAAACUUUCAUCAGAGCCAAUCCCAGCAUCUCACCCUUGACCAUGGAGAUGAAACAGGCAGUGAUGAUGAACCAAGAGGACCAAGACGAGAAGGACAAAUCUGAAGAAAAUGGCAGGCUGGUGGAUGGCAGCAUUGCUGAGAAAGGGCAGAAACUAGUCUCGGGGCCCACACAGGUUUCAAACGGGUACCCCAGCACAUCGGCUCAGAGCCCAAGGGAAGGCACCGGGGCUAUAGCGGACAAGACAAGUGCUCCUGGGGCAUUCAGGACGCUUGUGGUCCAGCAGACCAGUCUGGAUCCACCCAGAGAGACAUGGAGCAAGAAGGUGGAUUUCCUCCUGUCAGUCAUCGGCUACGCAGUGGACCUGGGCAACGUGUGGCGCUUCCCAUACAUCUGCUACCAGAAUGGAGGAGGAGCGUUCCUGUUGCCCUACCUGCUGAUGGCGGUGUUUGGCGGGGUUCCUCUGUUCUACAUGGAGCUGGCGCUUGGGCAAUUCCAUCGCAGUGGCUGCAUAUCCAUCUGGAAACACAUUUGCCCCAUCUUCAAGGGUAUUGGCUUUGCCAUCUGCAUUAUUGCCCUGUACAUUGCCUUCUACUACAACACCAUCAUGGCCUGGGCUCUGUAUUACCUGUUGUCCUCCUUCAGCACAACGCUUCCAUGGACGACAUGCAAAAACUCCUGGAACACAGCCAACUGCAAGCAGUAUCUGUCCACUGACAGCAACGUCACCUGGACCAAUGAAUCCACCUCGCCUGCCGAGGAGUUCUAUACACGGAAGGUGUUGCAGGUGCACCUGUCCCCAGGUCUUCAUCAACUGGGUGCGGUGAGCUGGCAGCUGGCCCUCUGUCUGCUCUUCAUCUUCACCAUCGUCUACUUCAGCAUCUGGAAGGGGGUUAAGACUUCCGGCAAGGUAGUAUGGGUGACAGCGACCCUUCCAUAUGUGGUUCUGUUGAUCUUACUGGUGCGAGGCGCCACUCUGCCCGGCGCAUGGAGAGGCGUUGUCUUCUACCUGAAGCCUGACUGGGAGAAGCUCCUGAGCACUACGGUUUGGAUUGAUGCAGCAGCCCAGAUCUUCUUUUCUCUUGGUCCAGGUUUUGGUGUGCUCCUGGCCUUUGCCAGCUACAACCCCUUUCACAACAACUGUUACAAAGAUGCGUUGGUGACGAGCUCAGUGAACUGUCUGACCAGCUUCAUGUCAGGCUUUGUGAUCUUCACCGUACUGGGAUACAUGGCUGAGAUGCGGAAGGAGGGGGUGGAGACAGUAGCAAAGGAUGCUGGUCCCAGUCUACUUUUCAUCGUCUACGCGGAGGCCAUCGCCAACAUGCCUGCUAGCACUUUCCUUGCUAUUAUCUUCUUCCUCAUGAUCAUCAUGCUGGGAUUAGAUAGCACGUUUGCUGGGCUGGAAGGAGUGAUCACCGCCAUGUUGGACGAGUUUCCCCACCUGUUGGCCCGCAGGAGAGAGUGGUUUGUGCUAGGUCUGGUGUGUGUCUGCUACCUGGGAGCUCUGUCCACACUUACCUAUGGAGGGGCGUUUGUGGUGAAACUGUUUGAAGAAUACGCAACAGGCCCUGCUGUCAUCACUGUAGUCUUCCUUGAAGUCAUUGCUGUUUCCUGGUUUUAUGGGACGACACGUUUCUGCAAUGACGUGCACCUGAUGCUUGGCUUCUCCCCCGGACUGUUCUGGAGGGUGUGUUGGGUGGCCAUCUGCCCCUGCUUCCUACUGUUCAUCAUUGGAAGUUUCCUGGCCUUUCCUCCUGAGGUGAGGCUGUUUAACUACCUGUACCCAUUCUGGACCACUGUACUGGGCUACUGCAUCGGUGUCUCCUCUUUCAUCUGUGUGCCUUCCUACAUGGUCUACCACCUGCUCACCACCAAAGGGACCUUCAAACAGCGUCUGAUGAAGAGCAUCACCCCUGAGCCUGCAAACAUUGAAGGCCUGCACAGAGAUAUCAUCAUCACCAACGCGGUGUGAUUGGAGACCCUUCGCCCUCUGCUGGACAUGUAGCACAAGUGGGGAUUUCAGCCCUCCUUCAUAUCCCAGAUUUGCCAAAGGCAUCUCCAUCCAGAACAUGCGAUGGCUGGACUCUUGCAUCCAGCAAUCUAGCUGCUCUAUUUCCCAUCAUUACUAAAUGUGGCAGCGUUCAAUGUACACGUGAGAUAGCAUCUGCCAUAAAGAUAUAUCUAUUGGGUAUUCGAGUCAGGAGUCUAGUAGCACAAAUGUCUUUUUGGUUUUUGUCACCAUUUUGUGAUUUGUUAUAUUGUUUCAAACAAAUGUACUAGAAGUACUAAAGAAAUCACAAAUGGGCAGUGUACAUAGUAUACGCAUGUCUCACUCUGUUUAGCACUUUCAGAUCAAAUAUGACAUCUGAAUGCAUAGAUCCCCCACCAACUAACAGUUUUGUUUUAUAUGCAUUUGACAUUUCAGGUAGCUUUUACAUAUUUUAUAUAUAUAUAUA